GAUGAGAUCAACAGCAGCAGACUGAUCGCUAGAAAUGCCCGUCAGGUCUGAGUCUAUCCCACCCUCAGCCAAUCAGAGCCUUCGUUAACGUCGGCGUCGAGGCGUGAUUGGGAGAAGGAUGGCGACCAUGCCGUUUGUCAGCGAGGGGAAGUGUGUGAGUGUGGAGUGGGAUUUCCUACAAGGACUUCUGGCCAAGCCUCCAACUCUGCCAUGUCUUCAGAACCUGCGUAAAGAGAAGUCUCGUAAUGCAGCUCGUUCACGGCGGGGGAAGGAGAACUUUGAGUUUUUUGAGCUGGCCAAGAUGCUGCCUCUUCCUGGUGCCAUCACCAGCCAGCUGGACAAGGCCUCGGUCAUCCGGCUGACCAUCAGCUACCUGCACAUGCGCACCUUUGCCAGCCAGGGAGACCCACCCUGGAGCUCACUGAUGGAGGGAGACAGCAACUGCAGUAAAGUAAGACGAUCAUCUCAUUCCCUGGCGACUGACAUGUUUGAGCAGCACCUUGGGGCGCACCUCCUGCAGUCUCUGGAUGGCUUUGUGUUCGUGGUCAGCCAUGAGGGACGCUUCCUCUACAUCUCAGAGACGGUUUCCAUCUACCUGGGACUCUCACAGGUGGAGCUGACCGGCAGCAGCGUGUUUGACUACAUCCACCCAGCGGACCAUGUGGAGAUGGCUGAGCGGCUGGGGAUCAGGCCACACCUGAGGGCGGAGGCCGGCUGUCACACGGCUCCAGAGAGUGCUUCCAGCUCUGCAUCCACCUCCUCCUUGGCUGGUACACCUGAACCUGCUCCGUCAAGCCCUCAUUCUCCUGCUGACGAUCCUCCCGACCGUGGCUUCUUCAUCCGCAUGAAGUCCACACUCACAAAACGAGGCCUGCACGUCAAGUCGUCUGGAUACAAGGUAAUCCAUGUGACUGGUCGAAUCCGCUGCCGCCCUGCACUCGUGCCGGGCUCCACACGCUCUGUGCGUCGGCCGAUGGGUUUGGUCGCACUGGCACAUACACUCCCACCCUCCACGCUUAAUGAAGUCCGCAUGGAGAGCCACAUGUUUGUUUUCAGAGUCAACAUGGACCUACAAGUCACAUAUUGUGAGAACAGGAUCUCAGAGUAUAUGGAUCUGACCCCAGCAGAGGUGGUGGGACGUACCUGUUACCACUUCAUCCAUGUGGAGGACCUGGAAAACCUCCGACAGAGCCACGAGGACUUGCUGCGUAAAGGCCAAGUGGUGACGGGUUACUACCGCUGGCUCCAGAGGAGAGGAGGCUACCUGUGGAUCCAGUCCACCGCCACAGUCUCCAUCAACCACAAAGCCCCCCACGAACGCAACGUCAUCUGGGUCAACUAUGUCCUGAGUCGAACAGAGUUGCCCGACACCCCCCUGGAUCUACUGCAGCUCCCGGAGAAUGUAAGAGCAGAGCGACUCAGAGUUAGUUCCUCCCCCGCCGCCAGCUCCCCACAGGCCCGAGGUGAGACACCGCACAUACAUCCGGUGAAAAGCUCAGCAGGAAAGAGUGACCCCGAUACUAAAGGCAGAGAGAAAUUCACAGCUCUUUCCAUCCAAUCAGAGGACAGGAGGAAGCGCCUGCUGAGGUCCGACCCUGAAGGUGCACCUCCCGAAACCCGCCGCAGGAUGGAGGAGCUCCGUCACACAGAGGAGAGCGUGUCAGCAUCCUCUGACCUGGCCAGUGAGAGCGAGGGGGAAGAGGAGGAAGAGACGGAGUGGGAGCAGGGGGGAGACAGUGAGAGACUGAAACAGGGAGACAGAGGGGGAGGAGGUAAACAGAGCAGGGGGGGUGGAGGAGGAAACACCCCAACAAAAGGGGGGGAGAGGGGUGGCCGGGCGCACAACGGCCGGGCUGUUAUCCAGCAACUGAAGAGUGUUGUGACCCCGUCUCCCCUGCCUGGCAGCCCCAGCAUCAAGACUGAACAUGAAGUCCUGACCAGCGGGGGGCGCUGGGGGGCGCACACACAAACCUCCACCUCGCACACGCACACGCCCUCCAGCAGCCUGAACGGGGACAGCCCCACCACCCCGAUCCCUGACUCUUCCUCCAGCAGUGAGGCUCCUCCUAAAGGCCUCUUCACACCCCCUUCCCCAGCUCUGUCUCCUGCCAUGUCUGUGUCCUCCCCGCUCCCCCGUGAUGACAGGGUGGUGUCGGGGCCACUCAGUCGGAGCAGUGGUGGAGCAGGAAGUGGCCCUGACUUUGAGCUGCUGCAGAGACUGGCUGCAGGUGGAGCAGCAGGUCGGGUCCUCUUCCACCCCCUUGCUCUCGGCCCUCAGGGCCCCCAGAGUCUCUACGCUCCCAGCACCAUCCGCUACGCCCCACCUGAGCUGCCCCCCUCACACCACCACAGCACGGGACACGGCGACGGCCUGCAGCUACGCUCGGACCACCACAAGGGACCCCCACCGGCCUUCUUCCCCCACCUGCAGCGCUUGGCCGGCCUGCCACCCUUCAGCGGUUUCUCCCCGUCUGACAGCCCAUUCUCCUCUGGCCUGCCCUUCUGUAUGAACGGACUGAGGGGGGCCGCGGGCUCUGAGGAGGACUGAGAGAUAAAACAUGAAGGACAGAGCAGAGCAGAGUGACAGAGCAGAAAGAGAGGCAGUGAAAAGGGCAGGAGUGGCAGGACAUUAAGCCUCUGAGGACGGUACUAAUUGGACAAUGAGUCGAAUAACUGCGAUCUAAAAUAUGUGACAAGUCGCUGCCACAGGGAAUCACCGUGUCAGGGACUCUCAGAGAAAGUGCAACAUGGGAACUUUUGACAGGUGGUCCCUGCAGACUUUAUGUCUUUACAACAAUAAUGAACUCUGCUCUGUGUCUUUCUAGAUAACUGUGUUGAUUUCUGUGUCUCUUCCACUCAGAGAAGCCAUAUUGUACAUAGAGAGAAAACCAUGAAGACCCUCAGCUCACAUCCUCCUCACUGUCACCUGAAUUAACACAAUUAACCCUAAAGCCAGGAGAGAGAGAUGGACACUCAUCAGUAGGAAUGGACUUUGGGAUAUGAAUUUUUAUUAUUGCAGUAUUAUGAAAAGCGUCUCCUCCACAGGUGAUUGUAGGGUUUCAUUUAAAGAUAGAUGAGACAGCCCUCUGGUGUUUUUUAUUGAGAUUUAAAAUAAUAAUUAUAAUAAUAAAAAA